UUCCCAGACAAGAGAUCUGCAGUGAGCUCAUCUUUGCUUGCACAUUGAUCUCUGGAAUGGAAUUAUUAUUAUUAUUAAUUUUUUUCUCUUUGAUCAAUGUGUAUUAUUGAGCACUGUACGAGUCUGUUGUUGACCACCGUGUUUUGUUACGUACAAAGACCCAAUCGUCAGUGACAGAGGAAGUGUGCUAUAAGUUUCAGUAUGUCAGCAACUAAUAACAAACAGUAUGGCCUAAUAGUUCCAAAAAAGCCAGGUCAGUCUGGAUUACAACCUCGACUCUCGGUAUUUAAUGACAAUAGUGAUUCUGGAGAUGAAGGAGGUGACUGGGUAAAACGAGCCUUGAAGCGAGAUUCUCAGAAGAGUUUACAGAAGAAACAAACGAAAAUUGAAAUGGAAAGAGCAUUGGCCGUGGAUCCUACAGUUUAUCAGUACGAUGAGAUAUACGAUAAAAUGGAGGAAAAGAAAGCAGAGGAAAAAAAACUGAAAUCAACUGACAAGAAGCCAAAAUACAUUCAGUCUCUCUUGAAGCAAGCCGAGCGUCGCAAGAAAGAACAGGAACGUCGAUAUGAACGUGAAGUACAGCGAGAGCGAGAGGCAGAAGGAGAACAGUUCAAAGAUAAAGAGUCAUUUGUCACUGCUGCUUAUCGAGCAAAGCUUGAGGAAUUUCGCAAAAUGGAUGAACAGGAAAAACAUAUGGAACAUUUGGAAGCAAUAAUGGAUGUUUCCAAGCAGAAGGAUCUCAGUGGAUUUUACAGGCAUUUAUAUCGUCAGGCAACUGGUGAGUCUCCGGCAUCCAAUUCAAAUGUAGUAAAAGUUAAAGAAGAACCACCAGAUCCUUCUCCCUCUUCAUAUAAUGAGGAAGGUGACGUAAAGGCAAAGGAGAACAGUAAUAAGGCCAUUGCAGAAGGCGACGCAAAGCGCAUGAUGGUUCCUACUGAAAGACAAUACAGAAAACGCCGUGCCUCUUCUUCUGAUAGAGAAGAUACUCACACCAGAAAGAGAACAGUACCAACCUCCAAUGGUGAUAAAAAUACUCUUGAAUCGGACAGUUCGAGUUCCCCUAGUGAUAGCUCGAGUGAUGACUCGAGUGAUUCAGAAGAAAUUUCAGAAAAUGUCAGCAACAACAAAGACAAAUGUGAAGCUGAUAAAAUGGAGGCUGUUGCAAAAGACUCAAAGGAAUUGGACACAAGCAAACAAGGAGAUAAGAAAGUCGGUGAAGAAACUGUAGAGACUACAGAGCCUGUUCCAAAGUGCAACAUUUGGGAAAAACGUACAGUUGGACCCCUAUUUGAAGCUGCAUUGGAGCGAUACUAUGCUAGGAAAGCAGCAAGGCUUGCUGGGUGAUAAUCUUUUGUGUUUUAAAACAUAUGAAGCUACAGCUGUUGUAGAUAUUUCUAUGCACAGAUUUGAAAUUUGUUUUGUUUACUAUUUUUGUGCAUGCUUGAUAACUGUUAAGAGACAACAUUGUAAAUGACCGACUGGCUGGUGAAUACAGGGAAAAAGUAGUUUUCCCAUUACAAACAGCUAGCGGUAACAUGACAAUUUCAGUUCCUUCUCAUUUACUAUUUUUUUCCCUACAGUAUUGUUUCUUUUUUAUCUGUCGUCCCACCCCCAGAGUACUUAGCAUGUUCUUUCAUGCUACCUCUAUCUUGGAAUUCUAAUUUUAACAAGUGCCUUCAGAAAAUAUGUCUGAUCUUGACUUUUAUGUUGACUUUAUAACUUUUCACAUCUGACAUCGUUUCUUUUUCCAUAGACACUUACAGAUCUUUUGUAUAAACCUUGUAAUUAAUUCUGUAUAAAAAAUAUACAUUGUCUUUCUCUUC